AUGAGAGCUCUCGAGAACCUCGCCCCCGCUCUUCAGGUCUUGGCCAUGCUUAUUGCACUGCCUCUGGCCAUCCUGCCCUCUUUGGCCGCUGCAUCCCAACGCAAUUACGGUGCAUCAGAGCUCCUGCCAUGGGCCCUUGAACCGUUGCCGUUGGGCUCCAUCAAGCCCAAUGGUUGGCUUCUUGAAGAGUUGAAGGCGCUCGCCAGCGGCCUGGCUGGCCACGAGCAUGACUUCUACGUGUUUGUCAACGAGUCAUCGUGGCUCAGCCCUGACGGCCAAGGAACCGAGUACAGCAACCUGAACGAGGCCUUGCCCUACUGGUUCAACGGCCUCGUGCCGCUGGCCUAUGCACUUGAGGAUGAGCGCCUCAUAGGUCAAGUGCACGCCGUCGCGGAUACCGUGCUCGGCCUGCAGUCUGAAGACGGCUGGAUCGGCCCAGAGUCGGUAGGCGACAGGAACUUCUGGGCCCGCAUGCCCUUCUUCCUGGGUCUGACCGGGCUGGCUGAGGCCGAUGCGUCCGGCUACGAGGACAAGGUCGUCACGGCAUUGCGCAGCUUCAUGACUUUGGCGAACACAAUGCUGCGGAACGACAGCCAGGGAUUCGUCAACUGCGCGUCGGCCAUCGAUUGCAGAUGGGGCCAGGUUCGAGUCCACGACAUGAUCAUCACGAUCCAGUGGCUCCUCGAGAAACACCCGGACCAGACCCAGGACGACCUUCUGUGGCAGAACAUGGAGCUGUUCUACAACCAGACAAACUUCAAGUGGGACGCUUACUUCACCCCGGGAACGUACCUCAAGGUCGUGACGGACGCGACUCCCGACAAUCCGAUGUUUCCCUACCUCCACGGGGUCAACGUGGGCCAGGGGCUGAAGCAGGCCGCGGUGGUACGGCGCUUCAACAAGAACGACUCGCUUGUGGACACGGCCUACAGAGGCGUCGACUGGACCUUUGCGUACCAUGGCUCGCCCUCGGGGAGCAUCCUGGCCGACGAAGUCCAGCGCGAUCUCGCCCCGUACUCGGGGAGUGAGCUCUGCACGGCUGUCGAGACAGGCUACUCGCUGGCUUAUCUCUACCACGCCUUGGGGUCCUCCAACUAUGCUGAUCGGGCAGAGCUCGUCUUCCUCAAUGCGCUCCCCGUCAUGAUGCACCCCGAUGGCUGGGGCCACCAGUACAUGGCUCAGCCCAACCAACCCUGGACCAACAACACCGAUGACCUUGACAACCCCAUUGGACCGCCCGUAUUCACCACUUCUUCCACCAAUGUCGCAACCCGGUUUGGACUGGAACCCAUCUACCCAUGCUGCACCGUCAACCACCCGCAGGGCUGGCCAAAAUUCCUGUCCAACAGCUGGGCUCUUGUGAACGGAAGUGGUGUCGCACAUGCGCUCCUGUCUCCAUCCUCAGUCUCAACAACGCUCCCAUCCGACGGCACCAGCGUCAAGAUCAGCGUCGAUACGGGCUACCCGUUCACCAACUCGUCAGCAUACACCAUCGAGUCCUCGGGCCCGUUCGCGCUGUACCUGCGCAUGCCAACAUGGGCCGACACGCAGACGUCCGAGGUCGUCAUCGAAUCCGACACCAGCGGCACCGCCGCGCCCUCCUCCACCCUGUCGCCCGACCUAGCCUCCAGGCUCCACCGCAUCGACCUGCCCGCGGGCCGCUCCUCCGUGACCUACACCCUGAGCGCGGGCGUGCGCACCGAGCCGCGCGGGGCCAGCGGCGCCGCGGUGUCCGUCUACGUCGGCAACCUCCUGUACUCGCUCGACCUCGGCGCCGUCGAGCACAGCUCCCUGCCGCACGACUACCGCGUGCCCGGCGGCCCGGGCAUGGACUGGAUCCCGUUCCCGCAGCCGCGCGACUACUACAUCAGCAACGCGCGGCCGUGGAACGUCGCCAUCGACACGGCGACGCUCAGGUACACCCCUCCGGCCGACGGGGGCGCGGUCGGCUUCGGCGGCUCCGAGGGCGGCGGCGUCGUCACGGCGAGGGGGUGCCAGGUCGCGUGGGGCCUUUUCCAGAACUCGACGCCUGACGUGGUCCCCUCCGGCGGGGAGUGUAUCGAGGGCACGGUCGGGGAUUACAACCUGGUGCCGUACGGCAGGGCCAAGGUGCACAUGAGCGAGCUGCCGACCGUGUCCCUGGGCGAGGCGGAGGGUGGCAGCGCGGUGAGGGUUUUGAGGACUCAAGGCUGA